AUGCCAAGCAGAUUGCUAAAUUUGCUCAAGCAGCCUGGCAGCGGAUACAAAGAAGCGGUGGGCAAUAAGCUGGGUUCUGCCAUUGGGGAUGAGGUCACGAUGCUGUGCAGCUUCAAGGACGACCUCCAGGACAUGAAGGACACACUGGAGUACAUGGAGGCGGCGCUCAAGGAUGCUGAGAAGCGGUCUGUCACGGAGGAGUUGGUGCGGGUGUGGCUCAACCGGCUCAAGCACGCUGCCUACGACAUCUCUUACAUGCUCGACGAGUUCAAAGCUAAUAGUGAACCAGCCUCCAGAAAGGAACAAAUCCAUGGUAUUAGGGGGGCCCAGAGCCCCUGCUGCCCCCCUGGCUCCGCCACUGUGCUUGAUCAUCUGAACGUACUUUCCAAUCUGGACUGUUUUGCUAUUGCACCCAAGAUUGCCAUGGCUUAUAAGAUGAAGAAAAUGAGAGGCCAGCUGAGGAAGAUCAAAGAGGAUCACGAGAGUUUCAAAUUCACACAUGACAACUCCAGCCUAAUUGAUGUGCACCAGCUUCCCGAUCCACGGGAAACAACAUCAAAUGUGAUUGAAUCACUCAUCAUAGGAAGAGACAAAGACAGGAUGAAUGUCCUUUCUUUGUUAUCCACAAGCAAUAACAACAAAGAACAUAUAACCGUUCUUCCUAUCUGUGGGCUUGGAGGCAUAGGAAAAUCAACUUUGGCACAAUUGGUUUUCAAUGAUACUCAAUUCAAAGAUUAUAAUCAUCGGGUUUGGGUUUAUGUAUCCCAGGUGUUUGAUUUGAAAAAAAUAGGGAACUCCAUAAUUUCUCAAGUACUCGGAAAAGGAAGCCAAAAUCUAGAUACAAGGGAGUUGAUAGACCAACGCCUUAAAGAUCUACUUCAAGAUAAGAAGACUUUAAUUGUUUUAGAUGACAUAUGGGAGACAGAUAACUUCCAACUGGAUCAACUCAAGCUUAUGUUGAAUGUAGGCUCCAAGAUGAAAGUCUUGGUCACAACACGCAGCAAAGACAUUGCAAGAAAAAUGUGUACUGUUGGUGUUCAACCAUACUUGCUAGAUCCCUUGGACAACGACAUGUGCUGGAGAAUAAUCAAGCAAAAUAGUGGUUUUGAAUCUAGGGUUGAUAAAGGCCAAGCUGAACCAGUUGGACAGAUAAUUGCAAGGAAAUGUGGAGGUUUGCCAUUAGCAUCUCAAGCACUUGGAUUCUUGCUAUCUGGAAUGGAUCUUAGUGACUGGAAAGCUAUGUGCAAUAAUGAUAUUUGGGAUGAACCAUUUUCUGAUAGUACAGUGUUACCAUCCUUGAAGUUAACUUACAAUACUUUGACACCAUAUUUGAGGUUAUGCUUUGCCUAUUGUGGCAUCUUUCCUAAAGGUCACAAUAUAAAUAAAGAUGAUCUUAUCCAUCAAUGGAUUGCCCUUGGUUUCAUCGAGCCAUCUAAUAACUUUUCGGCCAUACAACUUGCCGAGAAGUAUAUUAGGCAAUUCAUGGGGAUGUCUUUCCUUCAGCAUUCAAAACUGCGCACAGAAUUGCCUAAGAUAAUUCCAAAAACAAUCUUCACCAUGCAUGAUCUGGUGCAUGAUCUCGCAAGAUCGAUCAUUACUGAAGAGUUGGUUGUCUUUGAUGCUAAAAGAGCGAGCAGUACUAGAAGAAAAGAAUAUUGUUGUUAUGCGUCUCUUACAAAUUACAAUACUACAGAUUACAACAAGGCAAGGAAGAUGUCAACUAUUUUUCCCUCCAAGUUAAGGGCGAUGCAUUUUUUCAAUUCUGAAAUCCAUGGUGGUGUAUUUUCAUUUCCAAAGUGCUUGCGUGUCUUGGAUCUAUCUGGAUGCUCCAUCACAGAGUUUCCAAGUGCUCUAGGACAAGUGAAGCAAUUGGAGGUUCUUAUUGCUCCAAAUCUCGAAGAUCGGCAAUUUCCCGAGAGUAUCACUCAGUUCUCAAAAUUACAUUACCUGAACCUCAGUGGAUCAGAUAAAAUUUCUGCAAUACCAAGCUCGAUUGGCAAACUUGAGAGUCUAGCGCAUCUUGACUUAUCUUAUUGUACCAGUGUCGAAGUCAUACCAGAGGCUUUUGGAAGCCUAAAAAACCUUCAAACAAUAGACCUCACAUGGUGUGAGAAACUAGAGUCCCUUCCAGAGAGCCUUGGAAGCCUCAAAAACCUUCAAACACUCGACCUCGCACGGUGCAAGAAACUAGAGUCCCUUCCAGAGAGCCUUGGAAGCCUCAAAAACCUUCGAACACUGAACCUCUUAUACUGCUGGCAAUUGAAGUCCCUUCCAGAGAGCCUUGGAAGGCUUGAAAACCUUCAAACACUAGACCUCUCAGAAUGUAUGAAACUAGUGUGCCUUCCAGAGAGCUUUGGAAGCCUCAAAAACCUUCAAACACUAGACCUCACAUGGUGCUGGAAACUAAAGCCCCUUCCGAAGAGCCUUGGAAGCCUCACAAACCUUCGUUCCCUCGACCUCACACACUGCUGGGUAAUAGAGUCCCUUCCAGAGACUCUUGGAAGCCUAAAAAACCUUCAAACACUGAACCUCAGAGGCUGUAACAAACUAGAGUAUCUUCCGGAGAGCCUUGAAAGCCUCAAAAAUCUUCAAACACUCGACAUUGGAGGCUGUAGUAAACUAGAGUACCUUCCAGAGAGCCUUGAAAACCUGGUUGGAAACCUGAAAAUCACUGGGAGCUGGAAACCUAAAAAUCAUUGGAAGAGGUUAAGGUUAUGGAUGCGAGAGCAUCAAGUCCUUGCCACAGUGUCUACAACAACUCACCAGUCCCCAGAUGGUACAUAA